CCCACCUACUUUCUGCAACAUCAUGGCGGACAGAACCAGCAGGCUUGGCGUUAGGAGGAAAGAGAAGACCGCGGAAAGCAAAGUCAAUGACGAGAGGGAUAAAGACAAGGGGAAGGAGAAAGCGGUCAAAAAGCCUGACAAACUGCUGACGAAGGACGAGAAGAGCCCAGAGCUGUCCAAGGCAGAUGAGAAGAAGAGUAAUGGUGAAACUGAAGGGGCAACAGGAGCAGAGGCCAAAACCAGUGAGGGUACUGGAGAGUUUCAGCCCAUUGAGCUGCCUCCUUUUGAGAUUGUCACAGGGGAGCGGAUGAGCCCGUUCUUCUUCAAGUUUCAGUUCAGGAAUGUGGAGUAUUCGUCGGGGAGGAACAAAACCUUCCUAUGUUUCAGAGUGGACACGGCCGGAGGCGACACAGAGCCUCUGAAAGGUUACAUGGAGGAUGAGCAUGCAAUGGCUCAUGUUGAAGAGGCCUUCUUUCAGCAGGUGCUCCCGAACUCCUCCAAAGAGCAUGAAGUCACAUGGUUUGUAUCAUCCAGUCCCUGUGCAGACUGUGCAGCCAAGCUGGCCACCAUCCUCCAGCAGCGUAAAAAGCUUCAUCUCACCAUAUUCUGCUCCCGCCUCUUCGAGUGGGAGCAGCCAGAGAUCAGGGAAGGCCUCAAGGCGCUGGUGAAGGCUGGCUGCAAACUGCGAAUGAUGAAGCCAGCUGAUUUCCAGCUUGUCUGGGAAAUGUACGUGGACAAGGAGGACGAGGAAUUCACACCGUGGGAAGAUUGCAAGGAGAACUAUGAGUAUUAUCUGGAGAAACUGGGUGAUAUUCUCAACUAGCUGUUUCUUCUGAAUGAACCACAGACGGGCCUGCUGUUGAACACGUCUUUUUGCUGAGAGAUGAAGACUGAUGUUAGAUUCAAGGAGCUCUUGUGGCAACAUUUUAUACUUUUUAUUUUGUUAAAUUCACAUAUCAUAGCACAAGAUUUGUAGAUAAAUAUAUCAAACUGUAUCCAACUAGCGGCUUCUAAAGAGCAAAUUUUACAUUGUUUAGUUUUACAGUUUACCACAAAAAAGAAGCUUUGAAGAAGUUACAGUACUGCCAUCUGGUGUCUGUUAAAUAACUGCAAGUAACCGAAGGAGAUGUCGCAUAAAUAAUUUGUCUUUAUCUGUCCUGUUUAAACAAUGAUGUGAAAAAAAAACUUCUAUUUUCUGUUUAUCAGGUUACGUAAACACAUCUAUACACAAUUUUAUCCUGUCUGAAAAAUACAUUAUU